AUUGUACGGGCAAACUUUGAUCCAGCCAUGUAUAACACAACGAACACAUAUUGGGAAAGAUUUCAUUUUGACAGUGAUUAAUAGUCGAGAUUUGUAUCACACGAUUGCUGCUCUCUCUGCUUCUUAAGUCUGUUACAAAAAGUUAGACAAUCGGUGAUUUGGUGUACAAAGGGCGUGAAGGUUAAAGAAAAGGGCAAGUGGCUCUGGAAAAAAUAAGAAGGCGUGCUGUAUCGGAAGAAGAAGAAGUACUAUACACAAUAGCCAUCCAUGAAGUCAGCAAAGCGAAAGACCAAAAGGUCACCACAUAUAAGUCGGGCUGUCGAGUCAGCAAAAUCUGUGAAGCUGAAACAAUGCACAGAAAGCAUUCCCCCUCAGAAAGACGAGCUUUGCACGAUGGUGGACUGUAAAGUUGUAGUCAAGAAUUUAAAUCACUGGGCUAAUGUAACACUUUGUUUCAAUUUACUUCUUCCAUGUUCACGUGAUAUAUAUUAUUCAACUGACGAGAAAGGUAAAGAAACAUCAACGCAGAUUAAGAAGUUAAGAGGGUUAAUUAAACAUAGAAGUAAACACAUAGAUUGUACGGAUGACAUCGAAUGUAUUGGCUGGCUGCAGAUCCAUUCUCAAAAGUUUAAAGAUAAAACUUUAGUGGAAACAGCUAGGAAUUCUAGAAAUGACAUGUUUCAUCUUAAUUAUGGUCGUUUAAAAGAUCCUUUAUAUGGAGACAAACUGCUAUCAGACAUAACUAACUAUAUAGCUAUCAUGGAAGAGGAUAUAAUGAAAAGCAACAGAAUUGGAAAAUACACAUUAGAAAUACUGGAAGAGGUAAAAGAAAAGUGGGACAUAAUCAUGCCAAACAGCAUCCUCUCCCUUUGGAUGCAGAAAGCCACCACUGAAUCAAUUACAGAAAAGACAGAUUUGCCAGUCCAGAUUCAGGAAAUCAUCACUCAGUAUGAAGAUGCGCUACAGUCCUUGAAUACCGACAUGAUAUGUAUACAUACUAAGACAAAUAUAACAAAAGAAGAAAAGGCACAGGAGCUGCAAAAUACAAUUAACUGUAAAAAAGAGAUGUUUGUUAAACUUGUUAAACAAACGGAAAUCCUGUGUGAGCAGAUUAACCAAAAUGAAAGUUACUUGAAAUGCAUAAAACAGGAGCCCGCAAACAAAGAUAAUCAGAUUGACAUACACUUGCUGUCCAGUAGGGUGAAGGAUCUCGACAUUCCAUCCUUGGUGUUUUCGUCUAGCGAUACCAAUUUUUCAAACGACAACCCUGUUCAACAGGUGAGUGUCUGUGAGUUGGAAUUAGAUGAGAAGUACAAGAACGCGAUCGAUGAAAUGAAUGAUAUACGCCAACUACAGGAGCAGAAGAGCGUCUGUGAGUUCGAAUUAGAUGACAAGAACAAGAACACGAUCGAUGAACAGAAUGUUAUACGCCAACUACGGGAGCAGGUUGCCAACUAUGAGAAGAGUGAGAAAUCUCUGUACGCGCAGCUGCACAAGAUGAAGAGAGAGCUAGACAUGAGGGACGACCGCAUCCGUGACCUUGUAAAGCAAAUGUCUGAGAAGGAACAGACACUUUCCGGCCAGAAUCUCCACAGUUUAAACUUUCCUUGUUCGUCUGGCAUUACCAAUUUUCCAGCAGAUGACAACCAUGAUCAACAGUGUGAAGAAAAUGGUGAAACAUUACUUCUGCAGCCACCUGUAUUUAUACCUGAAGCAGAUAUAGCGAAAACGUCUCUACCACAUCUUAGUCGAACAUGUGACAUCCAUCCCAAUUAUGAAAGCGAAACAACAACUUAAACUAGACAACAAAUAACAACACGGAAGUCAAAACUAAUUCAAUUUAAGCACUAGGUCGGUACAUGGAAGUAUACAAUUGGGACCAAGUGAAGCUUUAUUCUGACCUUACUUACUCUUACAUUAUUCAAAGGUGUCAAAGUUCAGGAUUAUUCCUGAAAUCAGAAUUUUGGCCCUUAAGGACCAAUUUUGAUAUUGAUAUAAAUCAGAAGAUUUUUUUCUGGAAUUUUAAGGUUAUUGUUUUAUUAUGUUAUCUUAAACAAAAAUUAUUUUACUUUGACAUAUUGUUUACAAAGUUAUAAACACUAGUUAACAAAGUUACAUGAAUUAUUAACCCUUUUUUGCUCUGGCCCCCAAACGAUAGGCUUUUUAUUUUCAGGAUUUUAGAUUUUGGCCAAUUGACACCCCAGAUUAUUGUUUUUUAUUAUUAACCUGUUAAACAGUGCCCAAGAACAUUAUUUAGGAAAUAGGGUUUAAACAUUUUAAUAGGGAACUUUUUAGUUAAAUUUAUAAUAAAGAAGUUAUUAUUUUUCUUAUUUUAUUUUUUUUAAAGCUCUAAAUAUUAAAUAUUACAUAUAUAAUUUAUGCAUCGUUCUGUCCCUAAAUACAUUUUUUUAUGUUUUCGUUUUUGGUAUUUAAUAUUUUGUAUACUUGAUAUGACAAAUUUUGUUUAAGGUUUUUUUUUGUAGCUACGGCAUCAUUGGAAAUUUUAUUUUUUUUCCUGGGAAAGAUAGUUUACCAGUACUUAGUGAACACAGAUUACGGACAUUUUGUUUAAUUAUUUACCAUGCUAUGCUUAAACUGUAUCGUAGUGUGCCCGAAUAAAAUGUCGUAGUGUACAAUUUA